ACGGCAAACGGACUCAUUUUCCUCACGGAAAUUCUCAGGUGGCGUUGCUCGCUCUCCGAUCAUGUCUAAAUUGAACAUUUCGUCCCUCGUAUUCGCAUUCGCAUGUCUGGCUUUGCAGUUCCUACCCAUCUUCACCGUGGGAAUUAGUUAUCCCCGACGGACCCUCCGAGAAAGCAAAACGCCGAUACCCAGUGUACAGGCAAGGCCGGGUGCGCCGUUCAGGAUCGCCAUGUUUGCCGACCUGCAUUUCGGUGAGAACGCGUGGACGGACUGGGGUCCUGCCCAGGAUGUCAAUUCCACAAGAGUGAUGUCCACUGUGCUCGACUCCGAAACCCCAGAUUUCGUGGUAUACCUUGGAGAUUUGAUUACUGCUGACAACAUACCUAUUACAAAUGCGAGCCUGUAUUGGGAUGAAGCAAUUUCUCCCACCAGGACCCGGAAGAUUCCAUGGUCUAGUGUGUUCGGAAAUCAUGAUGAUGCACCAUUUGAGUGGCCAUUGGACUGGUUCUCUGCCCCCGGGAUUCCUCCACUGCGGUACCCAGCCUCCCAUUCAUCAGCUUCAGGGGAAGAAGCAUGUUACUUUGGGGGCACAUCGCGUUUGACCUUGAUGAAAAAGGAGAUUGAGGGUAAUGAAUUAUCAUAUUCUAGAAGUGGUUCACAUGAUCUUUGGCCUAGUAUAUCCAACUAUGUUCUCCAAGUUGUGUCAUCAAAAAAUUCAGAGUCACCUCUGGUGUAUCUUUACUUUUUGGAUUCUGGUGGUGGUACGUACCCUGAAGUUAUAUCAAGUGCACAAGUAGAAUGGUUCCAGCAUCAGUUGGCAGAGAUCAAUCCCGACUCAAGUGUGCCUGAGCUAAUCUUCUGGCAUAUACCAAGUAAAGCUUAUGAGGAGGUGGCUCCAAAGUCUGGAAUAGACAAGCCUUGUGUGGGUUCAAUUAACAAAGAGAGUGUUGCUGCUCAAGAUGCAGAAUUAGGUAUCAUGAAAAUCCUUGAAGCAAGGUCUUCAGUCAAGGCCGUGUUUGUUGGGCAUAACCAUGGACUGGACUGGUGCUGCCCCUAUAAGAAGUUAUGGCUAUGCUUUGCUAGACAUACCGGUUAUGGUGGCUAUGGAAACUGGACGAGGGGGGCAAGAAUUCUGGAAAUCACCAAGGACCCCUUCUCUAUAAAAUCAUGGAUAAGAAUGGAAGAUGGUAUGGUGCACAGUGAAGUUAUCUUGAGCUCAUAACACACUCUUUAAAUUUACAUAGUCAUGUCAAAGGAAAAAUAAAAAAUAAAAAGCCAUAAGGAAAAUAGGGAUGUGCAUUCUCUACACCUAUUGCUGUAUGGUCAAUUCACUGAUUUCCAACAUUGUACAUGAUAUUUCUGAUCAUGGGCACUUAAUCAUGUGCGAAGAGGGCCCUCUGAGUCUGUUUCUUGUUGUUUAGUUCUGCAGCUCCUCAAUAUGAUUACCUUA